AUGUGCACGACAGAUAACACGGCCAACAGCCCGCCACGUGCAGCUGGGGGAAAUCAAAGUAACAUCGCGCUAGACGACCGCGAUGAUAUUGCUGCCGAAGAGCAAAGUGUUGCUUCAUCUAGCACAAGCCUGUCCAGCUCGAUCUUCGACUACCGCUUAGAGAAUGGCAGGACUUAUCACAAGUACAAAGACGGCAAAUAUUAUGUUCCGAACGACGAGACAGAAAACGAUCGACUUGAUCUACAACACAACAUGUUCAUCAGAACUUUCGGUAAUCGACUGGGCACUGCGCCCCCCAAUAACCCUGAAUCCAAAGUUGGUCGGGUAUUGGAUGUCGGUACAGGCACAGGAAUUUGGGCGAUGGAGUUCGGGGAUGAGCACCCUGAAGCUGAGGUUCUCGGCAUUGAUUUAUCUCCUGCCCAACCAGAGUUUGUACCUCCGAAUGUACGCUUUGAGAUCGACGAUCUCGAGGAGCCUUGGACAUACUCUCGGCCAUUCGACUACAUUCAUAGCCGUGUACUCGAUUCAUGUAUCACUGAUUGGAAGGCUUACUUCCAACAAAGCUUUGAUCAUCUAAAUCCAGGUGGUUAUCUUGAGAUCCAGGAGAUCGACGCCGAGCCUCGUUCUGACGACGGGACCUUGAGAGCCGAUUCAUCCCUGAUGAAGAGUCUGCGGCUUUUGAAGGAAGCAGCAGACUUCUUCAAGCGCCCUUUCCAAGACAUCAAGUCGCUGGCUGAUAUCAUGGCCGAAGUCGGCUUUGAGGACAUCCAUCUGGAGAGAUACAAGUGGCCUACGAAUACAUGGCCAAAAGACCGGAACUACAAAGAACUCGGCGGGUGGACCUAUGAGAACCUAGCUAUUAAUUGGGAGGCGUUUCUCAUGGCGCCUUUGACUCGGGCUCUGAACUGGACAAAAGAGGAGGUGAUGAUACUUGCUAUGGAGGCAAGAAAAGAUCUUGGUGACAGAAGUGUCCACGCUUACUUCACAGUCUGGGCGAUACACGGUCGAAAGCCAUUGAAGGCCAAGUCGACUGAAGAAGGAACUACUGCCUGA